UAAACAGCACUCACCAACAUGGCCGCGUGCAGUGUGGAGGAGCUGUUGGCCAAAGCUGAACAAGAAGAGGCAGAAAAACUGAAAAGCAUCUCCGUCGACAAAGAGCUGGACCUGGAGUUUGACGUCGGUAACUUGUUAGCUUGUGACAAAAACCGCAUCGAGUCGCGAGACUUCAGAGAGCAGAAGAAAGAGGACUUCCUGCGCGCGUUAGCUCGUGACAACACGCAGCUCCUCAUCAACGAGAUCUGGAAACAACCCACGGAGAGGGUCGAGGAGGCGAUUGUGGCCAAACUGCCGGACCCUACGACCCGUCUGCCUAGAGAGAAACCACCUCCGAAACCAAAACCACCAACAAAAUGGGAGGAGUUCGCCAAGCUGAAGGGGAUCCAGAAGAAGAAGAAGACCAACCUGGUUUGGGAUGAGACCGCGAAGGAGUGGAGGAGGCGCUGGGGCUACAAGAGGGCCAAAGAUGACACCAAAGAGUGGCUGAUUGAGGUGCCGGAGACCGCGGACCCAAAUGAGGACCAGUUCGCCAAACGCACCAAAGCCAAGAAGGAGCGAGUGGCCAAAAAUGAGUUCAACCGGCUGAAGAACAUCGCCCGGGCGCAGAAGGUCAAAGUGCCCGGUGUGGGGCUCGCUCCCACGGCCCAGCAGUCCCGAGACGAGCUGUCCAGAGCUGUGAGCGUCGCCAGAACCUCCACAGCAUCCGCGGGCCGGUUCCAGGACCGCCUGCCCAAGGAGAAAGCCCCGAAAAACACCGGGAAGAAGAGGAAGUUUGAGCCGCUCAUCGGCAACUUUUCCACCGAGAAACAGAAGCAGCUGGAGCUGCUGAAGCUCAUGGACAGCAAGAAGCCCAAACUGGACAUCACCAAGGCUGUCAACAAGCAGAUGAGGGAGGAUGACAGAGAGGAGGCCGCGGCCAAACACAAGAAGGGAGCAGGGAAGAAAGGACGCAACAUGUCAGGGAAAGGCAAGGGGAAGGGUGGGAGAGGGAAAGGAGGUAAAGCUGGAGGAGGAGGAGGGAAGAGGAGAGGCAAACCUGGGAAACACUGAGGACUCUGACACCUGCUACAUCUGAUUGUGCCUUGGCAUCAAAAAUGUGGACUAAAUGAUGCAAAGACUGUCUGAUUUAUCUGUGAUUGAUGGGUGUGAUGUUGGGACUGUCACUGUGUGUUUCACUCUUAACGCCUGAAUCGACAUCAGUUUUGUUCAGACACCUUUCACAUGUAUUUAAAAUUCUGAAACCUGGAAAAGAAAUGGUUUGUUUUUCGCAAACGUGGUCAACUUGGCAAGAAAUGUUAUGCAUAUUGUCAUAAAUAAAAGGGGACAGAAAAUGACCUGAAAAUAAGCUGUGGGGAAUUGUGAGAUAUUAUCAAAAAAAAGGAAAAUGUCCAGAAAACCAUAAUUGUUGUGUAACAUACAUAACUAGAUUACAUUUUAUUUCAAACAUGCAAAAACAAAUUAGAAAUAUACAAACAAGAAAACAACAAUAAUACCCAGCAAACGUAUAUAGGAAACAACAGAAGUAUUUCAAGGAUUUUUUUUCUGGACAAUCACUUCAGUUUAUUUUCUCGUGUGUUUUUUGUUUUCGUUUUUUUUUUUUCAGGUAUUUUAACUUUUUAUUAAUUUCAUGCUAUUUCUUGUAAAGUUAAGGUAUGCAUUACCUUCCAAUGUUUUUUGACAGGAUCAAACUGUCACUACAUCUGUAAAUGUCUGUCCCAGCAUUCAUGGAGGCCAUGUGAAUAUUAAUGUUUAAUAUUAAAACUGCAGCUCAAAUUAAAAUUGGUAAAUUGUG